UCUGGUUUCUAAUGGCUGAACAACAACAACUGUCGGUAACAGAGAAACUUUCUGAAACUUCUUCGGGGACGGAGGAAAGUUUGCUGUAACUACCUGCUUCGUUCUGUUCGUCUUUCAAACCACCAAUGCGGAGUUACUGAUGGAUUCUAGGUUUGACAUCCCGCGGAGGGCCGCCGGAGCUGGCGGCGGGGGCUCCGCGAACUCGUCCCCGGCUCUGGGGGCUCAGUCCCGGCGCAGGAAGGUGCCGCCCCGGCCCGCUGAUUUCAAACUCCAGAUCAUCAUCAUCGGAUCCCGCGGUGUCGGUAAAACCAGCCUCAUGGAGCGGUUCACCGACGACACCUUCUGCGAAGCCUGCAAGUCGACCGUCGGAGUCGACUUCAAAAUCAAGACGGUGGAGCUGAGAGGGAAGAAGAUUCGACUACAGAUAUGGGACACAGCUGGACAGGAGAGGUUCAACAGCAUCACAUCAGCCUACUACCGAGGAGCCAAAGGAAUCGUGCUGGUGUACGAUAUCACCAAACAGGAGACCUUCGAGGACCUUCCUAAAUGGAUGAAAAUGAUCGACAAGUACGCCUCAGAGGAGGCGGAGCUGCUGCUGGUCGGGAACAAGCUGGACUGUGAGACGGACCGGAUCAUCACCAGACAGCAGGGGGAGCGGUUCGCCUCUCGGAUUAGCGGAAUGCGCUUCUGCGAAGCGAGCGCCAAGGACAACUUCAACGUGGACGAGAUCUUCCUGAAGCUGGUGGAUGACAUCCUGAGCAAGAUGCCUCUGGAAGUGCCCAACAAGGAGCUCUCCAACAGCGUCCUGUCUCUGCAGCCUGAACCGGAAGUGCCGCCGGAGCUGCCUCCCCCACGCAUGCGCUGCUGCUGAGAGACACACACACACACACACACACACACACACACACACACACACACACACACACACACACACACACACACACACACACACACACACACACACACACACACACACACCCACAUACACAGUAUGCAGAGUAUCAUUGUAGCCACCAGAGGGCGGCACAUAGCAGCAGUUAGGAAACACGAACUGUCUGGAGCAGAGUUUCAAAUCCAUCUCCCACCCUGAGCGGCACUAACAGCCCCCCCACCCCCACCCCCCACCCCUCUGUCUCUGUCUGCACGUGACCCGGACUACCUCAUCUCUCUGACCGUUCUGACUGGCCGUGCCCCGCAGGUGCCUUCUGGGAAGGGGGGGGGGGUCUCUCUCUCUCUCUCUCUCUCUCCCUCAUCACUCACUAAGUCGGUCAAACGGCGUCGGCUGCAGGUAAACAGAAGCACGUGGUGGAAGUGUGGCGUGUUGCCGUAGCGACCGGACGAGUCGUGUCAGUUUGUGCUCAGCCUUAAAGUAUUAAAAGAUUUGUAACGUUUUGCACUUCGGCCUCUCGUCCCCCGAGUUCAGCUGACACGCCGAGAAGAAAAGAAAAGCACAAGUGAAGCUGGGCCGCCUGGAGGCGGAGCGAGGAGAAGAAAGUGUGUGUGGGAGAAGACAUGAUGGAACACACACACACACACACGCGUUUUGUAUCUGUUACUAACAUGUUUCUUCCUCUGGAUUCGGAUACUGAUCAGAGACGAGUGUCAGCGGGGAAACGGGCGGGAAGCUUCUUCAGUAUUUGAACGACUCAGGAAACUUUGAUUUGCUGGUCAGACCUGCACAUCUCCUCCUUUCGCGAACUUGAUUUCAUCACAGUUGACUAAAAGGUCCAGUUAGUGGAAGCUGUGGGGAGAUGCGAGUAUCGGUGAGUGCCACGCCUCUCAGAACGGAGAGAUGGAGUGUUUGAGCUGAGAGGAACUGCUCUGGCUCAGCGAGGUCUUUUCUUCUGCGUUUUCUCUGAAUCCGUGUCUCUGCUCCCGCUGACGGACCAGUUUGGGGUUUUAUUUGCGGCGGCUUUUCCUUUUACGUCUCUCUGAAACGCCGGGCCUCGACGUGAACACUUCUCUCUUUUUAACUCCAGGUAUUUUCCUUUGGAAGUCGCUGCGAUGCGUUCGUGGUUUUCCUCCGUAGUCCUUCACCUUUUAUGUUAAACCCGAGCUUCUGUUGGCUUCAAAUGUGUAUCUAACAAUGACUCUAAUGCCAAAUUCAACAUGUUGAACUCUGCCUUGGGCGCAGACGUCGAGGCUCGAUGCCUUUAAUCACGUCUCGCAGUAUUGAUCCGAUCGAGCAACACGACCUUUGUGUACAUGUGAGCGUUUCUUCAGACGUAGACAGUCUUUUGACCUUUGACACUAACCCUGUGCUCUAUCUUUUAUUAGCCAAGCCCUCUAACCUCUCUGUGUUUUCCGAAACGCUUUUCCCUCGACCCGAGCGUCGCCUUCCACACGGAAGACUCUACUUCGUGUUCAACCGGUCGGGAAGUCUGUGGAAGGUUUUGGCAUGUUUAAAACAGAUUUGUGGUAUUUAUAACUUGUGGCAUUCUUGAACUAAUGAAAUGCAAUUAAAGAUGUCUAUAUUUAUUACCA